UCGGGACUGCACCGGGAUCUGGCCUUCUAUAUAAUAUAGGACAUAUAGGUAUACAUAUAUAACAACACAGUAUCUACAAUGGCGGCGCCUGCUCGUGACGAAUAAAGUGGUGCUUCGUGGCAUAAAUUCGAUACCUUUUGUUAUCUAUCGCUUUUUACAUUAGAUAUAGGAGAGUGUUUAUGGAAUAGAUACUCGUAAAGAGAAACAUAACUGACGAAAAAUGAUGCAAUUUAUGCUGCUGUUCAGCCGUCAAGGCAAACUUCGUCUACAGAAAUGGUACGUCGCGCACCCGGACAAAUUGAAGAAGAAAAUAACGCGAGAAUUGAUCACGACAAUUCUCGCCAGGAAGCCAAAAAUGUCGAGCUUUCUCGAGUGGAAAGAUGUCAAGGUCGUCUACAAAAGGUAUGCCAGUUUAUAUUUCUGCUGUGCGAUCGAACAGAAUGACAAUGAGUUGUUGACGCUUGAGAUCAUCCAUCGAUAUGUUGAACUUUUGGACAAGUAUUUUGGCAGUGUAUGCGAACUGGAUAUAAUCUUCAACUUUGAAAAGGCUUAUUUUAUACUUGACGAGUUGCUGGUCGGUGGCGAGAUUCAAGAGACCAGUAAGAAGAAUGUCCUCAAAGCUAUAGCAGCCCAGGAUCUUUUGCAGGAGGAGGAGACACCCCAGGGAUUCUUCGAGGAUCACGGACUCGGCUAAGCUUUAGAAUCUCGAUCUAGUCUGUUCUCUCUCUCUCUCUCUCUCUCUCUCUCUCUCUCUCUCUGUAGUGAAUCUGUGAUCGCCGUUUUCUUCAUCGACUGCUGACUACACGUUUCGGGGGAUCAAAUCAAAAGCUUCGCGCCAAAAAAGAGAGAGGGCAGAUAUUCACGUUAUCAGCGCGCGCACACUGAACUAUACAACAUCGGUACUCGUACUGUCCUAUUCCUUCUCCAUAUACACAUAUAGAACGGUGCUACGAAUGCUCGGCUUACGUUUUGGCGAAAUUCGCUUUUCAUGGUAUUUUUUUUUCUUUUUAUCUAAAAAUUCGUAUUUUGGAUCUGUUCAGUAUUUGAAAAAUUACUACAUAUGUAUGAAUGUAUAAGAAUCUCUUCAGAGUGAAAAAAAAAGAGGGAAAAACGUAAGCGGAGUGUUUAAGACGCACCGAAGCGAAUGUUGACUUUUAAUUUACUGUAUUUCAUCGAUGGACGCCUAAGAUUAAUGUUUAAGCGUAAGGACUCCAGGACGUGUAAGCACCUUUUGUUCUCUCCUAUGAACUUCCUUUUCAUCUUUACAUUCCUUUGAAUACUUCGAAUAAAAUUUUGUGUCCCUAACCAUACAAUGAACUUACUAUACACGAAUCUACGCAUCGCUAUAUACAUGGAAAUAUAAUAUAAUAGAUAUAAACAUGCGCGUAUAAAGUGAAACGAAUUAUAUCUAUUAACGGGCAGGUAAAAAAUUUAUUGUUGUUGUAAUGACUCUAUGUAUACGGGUGCAGAUUAUAUAUACUUGGCCUUUUUAGUGAUUAACAUAAUCGCACACACGCACAAUAAUUAGACGAGGAAAGUUUUUUCGGGCAAUCUUUAGCAGGGACUUUGUACCUAAUUCUCUCACAGAUACGCAUUACAUGGUUUUUAGCUUUUUACUAUACGCUAUAUAAUUAUUAUUAUUACAGUUAUGGAUUAAAUCCCACUGAACUAUUAUUAACUAUUAGCACUAUAUUGAUGCUAUGUUAUACACUAUUAUAUUGUCAGAACGAAGGAAGGGUUCGAGUGUUUUUUCAUACAAUGCCUUUUAACAAUUUAAUGCUUCAUCAUAAUGCUGAUUCUUGUGUUAAUUGAAGACUUCUGUAAUCAGUUGAAACUAUGAAAAUUCAAAAAAUCCGUUAGUAAUAAUAGUAGGUUAAGCUAUGAUAGAGUAUUCGAACACUGAUAAUUGUUCCGACGAAAGAUUAUAUACAAGAAAUAUUUUGCUCAAGUCUGAUGGUCGUUCAUUUUGACGAUGCAUUGCCACUAUAUUGUAUUAUUAUUAGAAACAAUCAACUUAUAGACGCUUGUUCGUAGUCUCGCCGAGUGGCGAGAUUUUUUUCGAUGGAAGUAUAUUAUAUAUUCAAAACUUUGUAAAGGAAAGAUGCCAACAUUAUGGUUAUUGUCGUUAUUGGUAAUGAAGAUUGUAUUCUAUGGAAAUCGAUUAUCCCGUUAUAUACACACACGAUAGACUAUGCUUUCAGCUCCGUCCAUAUAAUGAAAGAGUAUAUAUGCCAAUGAUAAAAAUAUACGUAAUGUAUGCGAGUUUUCUCUGAUUUUUAAUGUUUCUGAUACAUACAAUACAUUAUGAUAUAGGUGUAUUCUUUUAUCGUCGUACACGUGAAUUUUGACUUUUAGCGUGAUAACUUGUUUAUUAUCUUCAACUUUUUUUUAAAAAAAAAAAGAGUUAGAAAUAGUUAGACAUUAUGAAUUUUUGUAAAAUAAAAACGAUGUACAAUAAAAACUUUUUUUUUU